CUCCCUCCACAUGCUAUAAAAGGCUGAACAGGGUGCAUCGUCCUCUCACCACCUGGAAACCUUAAUCCCUGUGCAGCUCACCUUCGCCAUGGAUGACCUCCGACAGUGGCCUGAGCCGGUCGUCCCCGUCCAGUCCUUGUCGGACGGCGGCCUGACCUCUAUCCCCGAGAAGUACGUGAAACCGCCAUCCGAUCGGCCCUCUCUCGAGGCCACUCUUGACCGGGGGCUCACCAUGCCGGUCGUCGAUCUGCGUGGCAUCUACGACGGGUCGGUGGAUAGCCGAGCCGCCAUGGUGGCGAUCUGGGACGCAUGCAAGGAGUGGGGCUUCUUCCAGGUGAUCAACCACGGCGUUAGGCCGGAUCUGGUGGAAGAGAUGAAGGGGGUGUGGAGGGAGUUCUUCCGCCGUCCCUUGGAUGAGAAGCAGAGGUAUGCCAACUCCCCGGCGACCUACGAGGGGUACGGCAGCCGCGUCGGCGUCGAGAAGGGCGCUGUUUUAGAUUGGGGAGAUUACUAUUUCCUUCAUCUCCUUCCCCUGUCCAUCAAGAGCCAUGACCGACACUGGCCGGCUCGUCCGAGCACCCUGAGGAAGGUCACCGAGGAGUACGGCGGCGAGGUGUUCAAGCUUUGCGGGGUGCUGCUGAGGGUGCUGUCGAUGGGCUUAGGUUUGGACGAGGAGUACCUCCGGAGGGCGUUCGGCGGCGACGGCACCGCCUCAUGCGUGAGAGUGAACCUAUAUCCCAAAUGCCCGCAGCCGGAGCUCACCCUCGGCCUCUCCCCGCACUCCGAUCCCGGAGGCCUGACGGUGCUCCUCGCCGACGACCACGUCGAGGGGCUCCAAGUUCGCAAGGACGGCGCGUGGCUCACCGUCCGGCCUGUCCCCGGCGCCUUCAUCGUCAACGUCGCCGACCAGAUCGAGGUGAUAAGCAAUGGGAUCUACAAGAGUGUGGACCAUCGGGUGAUAGCUAACUCAAAAGACGAGCGACUCUCCAUUGCUUUCUUCUACAAUCCGGAGGGAGAUGUGGCCAUCGGACCUGCGCCAGAGCUUCUCACGCCGCAGCUGCCUCCACUGUAUCCAUGCAUCACCUUCAACGAGCACAGGAUGUAUGUGAGGAAGAGAGGCCCGAGUGGCAAAUCCCAAAUGAAGUCCCUCAAGCUUUACUGAUGUGAAGAUAUCGUAAUAAUGUUAUCGAAUAUUAAGUUACAUUCGAUUUUAAUAGGGUUUGAAUUUGAGUAUAUUGAGAGAUAAGUCAAAUAAAAUUUGCAGAAAGUUGACUCCAUGAAUUGUAGUUUUAAGGACGGCUGUUUCUUGGAUUGGCAGCGUUAUACCUACAAAUUAAGAUGA